AUGCAGACAGGCCUUCAUCAGCCCGAGGAUAUGACUGUUAUUCCGGAGAAGUCUACUCCCGUUACACCUGCGAAAGGAACGUCACCGCCCUCUUUCGUCCAGAAUCUUGUUCCGCCGGAGCCCUCACGGGCGGUGGUGAUUGUAUACGGCCCUGGCCAGGAGACCAUUGUUCAGGUGGUCGCGGAGGUUCUGGGAAAACCAUGGACGACGGAAACGUCGCUGUCGGCCCUGGGGAAUGGUAGUGGUGCUGUUGUGGUUGGGAUUCUGGCCGACGACCUGUUUCGCAGCUUAGAGGGGUGCGACAAAUCCACGUGGACUGUCAUCAACACGCAUUGCGUAGAUGAUGGCUCGUUUCCCGACGAAACGCUCACCGAGAGCUGUCACUACGAGUUUCUUUACUCACUACGAAGCCCCUUUUUCCGCCGCGAUCUGACCCGAUUCCUAUCCCUGAUCCUAGGGCAGACGAGGCCGCACGACGGCCUGAAGACUAAGAAACGCACCAAGUUCAUCUCCACCACUUUCCCGGACGUCCACGCGGCGUUGCCCAACCUUGAUAUACUUUCCGUCGGCUCCGAUGCGGUCGAGAUCCGCGUGGAUCUGCUGAAAGACCCUUCCGCCCCGGAGACCUCGAGCCCCGUCCCGAGCCUACGGUACGUCGGGAAGCAGCUGAUGCUGCUGCGGCAGCACACCGAACUGCCGAUUAUCUUCACCACUAGGUGCACUAAUGAAAACGGCAAAUUCCCCAUGGACGACCCGGGUCUCUUCUAUCGCUAUCUCCGUCGGGCGAUCCAGUGGGGUGUCGAGUACGUCGACGUGGAGCUGUGGCUGCCGGAAGAAAUUCGGCGACGCUUGACAGCCGACAGGGGCAACAGCACCAUCAUGUCGGCUUUCCAUGACUUUUCGGGGACGUGGAAAUGGACCUCGCCCGACGCGCCUCGCAUCUACGCGGAGAGUGCUCGUUACGCAGACAUCGUGAAAAUGAUCGCCAUGGUGGACACGAUCGAGGCGAAUUACGAACUCGAGUAUUUCCGGUCGACGAUCCGCGAGACCCAUGGAGUGUAUCCGCUGUUCUCGGCGGUCAACAUGGGCCAGAUGGGGCAGCUAUCGCGGGCGCUCAACACAGUGUUCACGCCUAUCACGCAUCCGCUGCUGCCGAUGAUUGCGGCGCCGGGGCAGCUGACGGCGGCGGAGAUCAACGAGGCACAGCACAUCAUGGGGACGCUGCCAAAGAGGGAUCUGUACGCGAUCGGAUCCUUCCGGUCGACGCCGCAGUCGGUGUUCAUGGAGAAAUGCUUCAACGAGCUCAGCCUGCCGCACACCUUGACGUCCAUCGACCGCGGGCCCAGUGGGUCAAUUGAGCGGGUCAUCACGCAGCCGUCAUUUGGCGGAGCGUCGGUGCAUCCGCCCAUCUCCAGCAGCACGUCGUACAUCCCCGCGGUCAGCGAGGCGGCGCGGGCGAUCGGACUGGUGGACACGAUCGUUGUGGCUGCCGGGGAGGCGCUGGUGGGGGAGAACGCGACCUGGAGGGGGAUCCGGGCCACCUUAACUCGCGACUACGUGCCGUCGGCGUACCGAGGACGGGCAGCGAUCAUCCUCGCCAGCAAUGAAGCUGAAGCGUCGGCGGCGGUGUUGGCGUUGCGCAGUCUCGGGGUGGGCGCGAUCUACACGGUCGGGUUUCGAGCACGCGGGCCGCUGGCCGAGGGAUUGGAGCCGUUCACGUCCAUCCAGUCGGUGAAGUUGGUAGAACAACCGUUUGUCAUUGUAUCGGCGCUACCUGCAGAGAAGUCGAUGCUGGUGCAACCACUGUUGCGACAUUACCGCAGCAGUGGCCGGUCAUCUCCGACGUCAACACGCGGCAAGGUAUAUCUAGACUUGACGCGAGGUGAACGAACGGGGGAUCCAGUCGGAGAGGCCGAACGAGCCGGAUGGACAGCAUAUGGGAUGGACGAUGUGAAUGCCUGGACGACGGUGGAAACGCUACGAUUGCUGGUGGGGGAGAAUGUGCCGUUUGAUUUUGUGCGCAUGGCCUCUGGGGAGAUCUUUCAUUCACUAUAG